UCCAGAGAGUGUGUAGCUGACGUUAAACUGAGGUCAAACUGAGGUUAAGAUGAAUCGAUCCCUGGGAUUCUGCCUUCUGCUGGGCUCUGCUCUGAUUGGACUGGGAUCAGCGAUCCGCUGCUACAGCUGUAAGGAUUACACAUCCAGCUGCAGCAAACAGCGCGACUGCAGCUACGACGACGCCUGCCUGACGCUCAGCGAGAGAGGGGGGAUGACGUACCGUCAGUGUCUCAAGUAUUCGGACUGCGAGCGAAGCCGAGUGGCCCAGAUGUUUCCUCAGGUCUCCAGCUUCACCUUCAAGUGCUGCAACAGUGACUUGUGUAACUCCGCCCCCUCGUCUGCAGCGAGCUCUGUGAUUGGUCUGCUGGCGUCCACGGUGGUCAUGUGGUGGUGCUUCCACUGAACCACUUCCUGUUUCCUGUAACACCAGCAGCUUCUCUAAUCACCUUAUUGAUCAAACUUACACUCACCUGUCGAUGACAUCAUCAGUCAUGUGAUCAUCUGAUUGACACAUUAAAAGCUCAGGUUGUUCCUUCAUGUCACAUGACUCAGUAUUAAACCUUAAUCUGUGAAGAUCUAAACUCUAGUCUCAGCAGGAGGAGGAAGUUCAGUCACAGGAAACUUCUGGAAUCCAGAGUUCCUGGAACUGGAACUUUCUCUGGAAAGUUACUGAAACGUCCCUGAAAACAUCCCUGAAAACAUGC